AUGAGAAAUAGAAAUGAAAUAGCAGAACUUCUUAUUUCACAUGGUAUAAAUAUCAAUGAAAAAGAUAAAUUUGGAGAAACCGCUCUUCAUACUGCAGCAAGUUGUAAUUUUCUAGGAACAGCCAAACUUCUUAUUUCACAUGGUAUAAAUAUCAUUGAAAAAAAUAAUGAUGGGAAAACUGCUCUUGAUAUUGCAGCAUCUAAUAAUUGUAAAAAUCUUAUUUUACAUUGUAUAAAGAUCAAUGAAAAAGAUGAUGAUGAUAAAAAGGCCGCUCUUCAAAUUGCAGCGAUUAAUAAUAGUAAAGAAACAGCCGAGGUUCUUUCGUUUUCUGAUAUUUUUGAAGAUUAA